AUGAUUACUUAUGAAUCUUCGAACAACAUGCAGCUACAACUGCAAGAUGGUACUGCUAGUAGUGUUAAUGUGAUGAGAAACCUCACACAUGUCAUGGCAUCCUCCAUCGCCGGAUUAAUCGGUGAUAAUUCAGUGAUGGUUAACCAGCAGAAGAUUGUUCCUUACUUACAUCAAACGGAGUCAGGCCGUGUUGCCAAGCUUGAGAUUUUCUCUCACUAUGUUGCUAGGCAAAUGGGAUUUGUAGAUGUCGGCAAGGUUCCAGAGUUGUGCAGAUUGGCACAGGACUACUUGAGAAACACGGAAGGGUGUAAAGAAAAUAUAUAUCAAUAUCUAGCCAAUGGGGACAACGCUAAUGCACUAUAUGCAAAAUUGAUUGAAGAAUUUGAAAGAUGCAUCCUCAGUUAUUUUUCUUUUCAUUGGAACCGAGCUUCAUUUAUCAUUACCCAUGUAUUAAGUUCUCAGUCCCAACCCAAAAUAAAUCUCAAAAAUAUUCUUUUGGAAGCCACAAGGGAACAUAGGUUUAAGAGAAUAACAAAGAAACUAAGAGUGAGAGGAGUCCAGUGUUGCUGCUUAUGGGUGGAGGCAUGGGAUCUGGAAAAAGCACUGUUCUUAAAGACAUUCUUAGAUAAUCAUUUUGGUCAGAAGCUGCAUCCAAUAGCUCUUAACUCUAAGGGCCACCAUGAUGAAAUGCUUCAAAGUGCUGAACUGGUGCAUCAGACUUCGACUGAUGCUGCAUCAUCUCUACUAGUGACAGCUUUAAAUAAAGGGCGAGAUGUGAUCAUGGAUAAUACCUUAGCAUGGGAACCUUUCCUAGAGAAAACUAUUGCUAUGGCAAGAAAUGUUCACAAAAAGCGUUGUCUAAGGUAA